UGCAGCUGAGCUUGCUGCCGGCAGCUGCUUCCACCGACCGGCAGCAACUCGCAACACCAUGGAGAGCUCGCGCGCUCUCCUCCUAACUGCCGCCCUUUGCCUUCUCUUGCAAGGCUGCAGGGGCUCGGAGGCCGAGCACCGGCUCUACCAGGCCCUGUUCGAGAACUACAACCAGUUCGUGCGGCCGGUGAGGAACGUCUCGGAGCCCGUCAUCAUCCAGUUCGAGGUGUCCAUGUCGCAGCUGGUGAAGGUGGAUGAAGUGAACCAGAUCAUGGAAACCAACCUGUGGCUGAAGCACAUCUGGAACGACUACAAGCUUCGGUGGAACCCCGGUGACUAUGGAGGUGCCGAAUUCAUCCGCGUGCCCUCCGGGCAGAUCUGGAAGCCAGACAUCGUUCUGUAUAACAAUGCCGUUGGCGACUUCCAGGUUGAUGACAAGACAAAGGCCCUACUGAAAUACACAGGUGACGUGACCUGGAUACCUCCAGCUAUAUUUAAAAGCUCAUGUAAAAUAGAUGUAACCUACUUCCCUUUUGACUAUCAGAACUGCACCAUGAAGUUUGGUUCCUGGUCUUACGAUAAAGCCAAAAUUGACUUAGUUUUAAUUGGUUCUACGAUGAACCUCAAAGAUUACUGGGAGAGUGGAGAAUGGGCUAUCAUUAAAGCCCCUGGCUAUAAACAUGACAUCAAAUACAACUGUUGUGAAGAGAUAUAUCCAGACAUCACAUACUCCCUCUACAUCAGGCGUUUACCUUUAUUUUACACUAUCAAUAUGAUUAUUCCAUGUCUGCUGAUUUCUUUUCUGACUGUUUUAGUAUUCUACUUGCCUUCAGACUGUGGUGAGAAGGUGACACUCUGCAUAUCAGUCCUUUUAUCUUUAACAGUGUUCCUUCUUGUUAUCACAGAAACCAUACCUUCUACUUCUCUGGUAAUUCCCCUUAUUGGGGAAUACCUCCUUUUCACCAUGAUAUUUGUGACUCUAUCUAUUGUCAUUACGGUAUUUGUACUUAAUGUGCACUACAGAACACCCAAGACGCACACGAUGCCCGUGUGGGUGAGAACCAUCUUCUUGAACUUACUUCCCAGGAUCAUGUUUAUGACAAGACCUGCCAGCAAGGAAGAGAAUAAUCAGAAGGCAAAACCAUUUUACGCCACUGAGUUUUCAAACUUAAACUGCUUCAAUGGUUCGGAAACCAAAUGCAAAGAUAGCUUUGUGUGUCAAGACGCAACAUGCAGCUGUUGUCAGUACCAGCGGAUGAAGUUCUCAGAUUUCAGUGGCAAUCUCACAAGAAGUUCAAGCUCUGAAUCUGUAGAUCCUCUGCUUUCAUUUUCGGUUCUGUCACCAGAAAUGAGAGAUGCUAUUGAAAGUGUUAAAUACAUUGCAGAAAAUAUGAAAAUGCAGAAUGAAGCAAAAGAGAUUCAGGAUGACUGGAAAUAUGUUGCCAUGGUAAUCGAUCGCAUUUUUCUAUGGGUUUUCAUCCUGGUAUGUAUUCUAGGAACGGCAGGGUUGUUUUUACAACCUUUGAUGAUUGGAGAUGAAAUGUGAAAAGAUGAAAAAGAAUCAAAAUGUUACCUUACCAAACCAAACUUGCUAGCCCAACUUUUUUUUUUUUGCUUGUAUCUGAAGYUUUUGUAUGCAUUUCAUUAGAAGAAUAAGAAUCUUUCUUAUUCUGAACUUUGCUUGACUAAGAAGGCUUUAUUAAAAAUGUGAAAAAGUAUAUUUUUAUUUAUGACAGCCAAUCUCAAGGUAAUAUGCUUUAGGCUUGCCAGCUUUGUUUUUUGUAAUAAAAGGACAAUACAUUAAAGUACAUAGGAAUGGUUUAAGAAGGGCUUGAUAAAUAAAGCGUUACAUGAAUAGUCUGAGAAAAGUUCAGUACUUGGGCUACSAGCUUUGUUUCCAGGAGGCUGGCACUGAGUCUUUUCACACUACAACACAGUCGUGUGGGAGAAGGUUCAUAAUCAGUUUAGUGAGUGUCUGCACACUAUUGAAGCAAUUUAGGAAGCGCAACUGUUCGAAUGGAGAACAUUGCCACCUGGUGUAUAAACAAUGAUCCAAAUCACGGAAAGAAAGGAUCCUGGGCAGCACUAGUUACAAGAGGAAAAUGAAUACAUCAGUAAUAGAUGAUGAUGGUAAAGCAGCCAGAAUAUAAACUUUUGUACAUCCUCAUAUUUUCACUGUAUUAAAAAAAAAUCAGCUAUUUAGAAAUAAUGUUUUAAACUGUAUAGAAAUAAAAUGUAGUAACAUGCAUUGAAGGGCUAUGCAAAGGAUCAAAAUAUUGUAUGAUUGUUUGAAUAUGGAAGCAUCCUGCUAUAUGAAAGUGCUUUUCUGUGUGGAAAGGCAGACAAAUACACAAAGCAUUCCUGUCAAGUAGGUUAAAAUUGCUUCUUAGGCA